UAAUUUGUAUGUGUCUGAUAGUCGUUUUGACUUACCUCAAUGAACGUUUAGAUACUUCUGCAUUAUCAGAGUUAAAACCUUUAAGAAAGUUUAGUGAAUUUGUUACUCCUGAUGAACUUAAAAGAUGUCACAGAUUGAUUUGCCUAGAUUAUCAGUUAAUAGAUUUUGUUGCAUCGUAUCAAGAGGCUUGCACGAUUGAAGAACUUAAAGGCCAUAUUUCAAUAAAUAUUUUAAAAAUUGUGUUAAAAAAUGAAAACUGGAAGUCACUUAGUACUUCAUUGGCCAGAAUUUUUGCUGCUAAACCUCAUUCUGCAGAUGUAGAACGGUUAAUUUCCUGUUAUAACAUUAUGAAAACCUCAAGAAGAAUUUCUUUAACGCCAGAAACCAUUAAAGAUUCUCUUCAUAUUCGAAUUAAUAUGGUAACUGUCAAUAAUUUCAAUCCAGAACCAGCUGUAUUAUUAUGGUUGAAUAAAAAAGAUAGACAUAGCAAAAAACACACGAAGGCCACCCAACAAGAGUACUUUGAAGGUGUUUUUCCCGAAGCUAAACGUCAAAAAAACCAAAAUUUAUCAGAAGUUAAUCGUAUAAUGUUCUAAUAAAGUUAAUAUUUAAAAAUAUUUGUUUUUAAAGUUCCUUUAUAUUAGUAAAAUAC